UUUUGCUUGUUCUGUGGGUAAAGAAGAUCAUUUGGAACAAAUAUACUUUGCCUUGCUUACCUACUCAACCCAGAAUUGAUGUACUUGCUUUAUAUACCUCAACUUCUCCUUCAUUGUUCAUUCCAUCAUUCAUCUUGAAAGGACACAAGUACUACAAACUUUGAUUGGCAGCUGAACAGAAAGGAAGAAUUUGUUCGUCAGACAUGGGUGUUCUUGGAGCUAUGGCUAAACAUUUGGAUGCUCUAAUUGGGCCUGGGAUUAUGCUGCUUUUUCCUUUAUACGCAUCAAUAAGAGCAAUUGAGAGCCCUUCAACUCUUGAUGACCAGCAAUGGCUGACCUAUUGGGUUAUAUACUCCUUCAUAACUCUCUUCGAAUUGACAUUUUGGAGAGUCCUGGCUUGGAUUCCACUUUGGGGAUACGUGAAGCUCCUCUUUUGCUUGUGGUUAGUCCUGCCAAUUUUCAAUGGGGCAGCUUACAUCUACGAGAAUAUAGUGAGGGAGUACAUUAAGAUCGGUCGAUAUGUGAACCCGAACUAUCCAGAGAAUCAAAAGAAGGUGCUCCAGAUGAUGACUUUGGAUUCCAGAAAAUCAGUGGAACGUUACAUUGAUAGAUAUGGACCUGAUGCUUUUGAACGAGUGGUGAAAGCUGCUGAAAGGGAAGCAAGGAAACACUGAGAAGACACCCUUCUAAAUGCAGUCGAAGAAUAAGGCAUUACAAGGCUGGAAGCUAUGGUUUGGGGUAGUGGUAUUAAGAUGUCAUGUUGUAUUUUUAUGCAUUCUGCACAAGAGGAAAAAGAAUGAAGGGUACUACUCCUGUGGAUGAUGAUAGCUUUAAAAAAAUGAGUUGCUACAGAAUAACAAUGUUCUACAAAUUCCUAGCAAUCAAUUGAGACAAGUAAAUCCUAUUUUCUUUUUCCUA